AAGGACUAUAAAAAGGUCGAAAAGCGACUCUGAAAAAGCAUACACUUCACUCUCCCGUCUAUAACGACAGGUCACCUAAUACCAACAUCCACACAAAACAAACAAACAUCUUCUAUUCAGCUUCUUUGAAAGUCAAUAGUAAAGAUGAAGUUCUACUCCGCAAUCUUCGCCAUCAUCGCCCUCUUCUCCGCGGCAGAAGCCUGCAAGUGCUGGAACUCGUACGGAAGAGCCGUCUCGGAGUACACGCACGCCUGCUGCACCUACACGGGCGGCUUCUUCAGCGACCACAACUGCGACGGCGACAUCUUUGAUAAGCUCGACGUGUUUCGAACGUGCUGCGAGAACUUGGGCACUGAAUCGGAUUGUGAUUGUCCGGAUUGUCCGGAGGAGGAUGCGAGGCGGAAGGCUAUUGGUCUUGCGCCGAUGACGGAUGCUGAGAGGCAUGAGUUUGCGGUGAAGAAGAGUGAGGGGAAGACUGAGAAGCAACGGAGUGUGCCGUUUAUUGGAUAGUUAAGGACAUUAUGCUUGAAUUGGGCUUGUUGGACCUUGAGGGCUUGUUGAGGCAUCCGGGAAGUGGAAUUGGUAUUGUUUGCUGUUAAGUGAUUUUGGAAGCAUGUUGGGAGGAAAAGG